CCAUCCGCCGGUAAUAUCGCCUUGUCUAUCUAUUCCCUCGUCUUCCUCUCUCUCUCUCUCUCUCUCUCCUCCUUUGUCACAGCUCACUGCGACUGCCAUCUCUGCAGAGUUCCACUAGGUGGUAGCGAGGAGAUGAAGAACUCGGUGUCAGAUCGCAAUCUCUUCAUCGAGAGCGAGGAGGACGAUGACGUCGACGAGGAGGAAGAGCACAAGGCGCAGCCGUCGAGGGCGGCCGACGACGAUGACUCCGACUGCUCCGAUUCGUCCUCCUCCCCCGACGACGACGACGACGACGACGGCCCCCCGCGGAGCAGGCCCAACUCCUACUCCACAAAUUGGCCCCAAAGCUACAGGCAAUCCAUCGACAUGUACAGUAGUGUGACUCCACCAACGAUAGGGUUCCUGGGGACUCCAACACUCAGCAGAUUGUCAAGUUCCUUCCUUUCUUCCUCGUUUCGAGGCAAGCACACCCCAGAAAUCAUUGCGUCACUUAUUAAGCCUUUACUGCCCACUACUGCUGCUGAUCUUCAACUACAAGACGAAGAAAGACAAAGCUCGCAUUCGCUAUUGAUCCCUCCACUGCCAUCGAGGAAGCCAUCGUUAGAGAAGAUACAAGAGAAGGUCUCUCAUGAGUUACCCGUAUCCCGGAGCUGUUCCUAUGGACAGGCGGUGCUCAAUGGGAUGAAUGUUUUAUGUGGGGUUGGGAUCCUUUCAACACCUUAUGCCGUCAAAGAAGGAGGAUGGCUUGGGCUCUCCAUACUCUUGACAUUUGCCGUGCUUGCGUGGUACACCGGCAUUCUACUGCGCUAUUGCUUGGAUAGUGAAGAAGGCCUGGAGACGUACCCCGACAUAGGUCAGGCUGCCUUUGGUACCACUGGUCGUUUUGCCAUCUCUAUAAUCCUCUACAUGGAAUUGUAUGCUUGUUGUGUUGAGUAUAUAAUAUUAGAGAGGGAUAACUUAUCAUCACUAUUUCCAAAUGCGCAACUGAAUAUAGGCGGCAUACAUUUAGACUCUCGUCUACUCUUUGCCAUCUUGACGACUAUUUUGGUUCUCCCCACUACGUGGCUUAGAGAUUUAAGUGUUCUUAGUUACAUAUCAGUUGGAGGAGUUAUUGCAUCGGUAAUGGUUGUCUUAAGCUUAUUUUGGGUUGGUACAGUCGACAAAGUUGGAUUUCAAAAUAAGGGCACUUCACUAAAUCUUUCAGGUAUACCAAUUGCCAUUGGUAUAUAUGGAUACUGCUAUUCAGGUCAUGCAGUUUUCCCGAACAUAUAUUCCUCAUUGAAGAAACCCAAUCAAUAUCCUUCUGUUCUCUUUACCAGCUUUGCAAUUUGUACUGUGAUGUUCGCUGGGGUUGCUGUCAUGGGUUACACUAUGUUUGGGGAGUCAACGCAAUCGCAAUUUACUCUCAACAUGCCACAUAAUCUAGUGGCUUCGAGGGUUACUGUGUGGACUACGGUGGUGAACCCGAUUACUAAAUAUGCAUUAACUCUGACUCCUCUGGCACUGAGUUUGGAGGAGUUGAUACCAUCAAACCAAUCAAAGUCGCACUUGUAUGCAAUCAUGAUAAGAACAACGCUGGUUCUUUCUACUCUGUUAGUGGCUCUUUCCGUCCCUUUCUUUGGUUUGGUGAUGGCUUUUAUUGGAUCUUUGCUCACAAUGCUCGUUACUUUGAUUUUUCCAUGUGCUUGUUUCUUGAGCAUACUUCGUCAUAAAGUUACAAGAAUUCAGGGACUGUUUUGCAUCAUCAUUAUCACAAUUGGAGUUGUUUCUUCCAUUGUCGGCACCGUCUCAUCAAUCUCCAAAAUAGUAGAUAAAUUGAGUCAAUGAUCACGGCACCAAGCAAAUCUAGUUGGUUGUUCCUCAUUUUUGCUUUUAUUAUUUAUUCCUACUACUUUUUAUUUAUGUCCUCUUGUAAAAUUUGUUUAUCGGAUACUGAACUAGUGUUGGUCUUAGUCUUUUCUUCCUCUUUUAAUUUAUACAAGUACAAUAAGUGAUAUGAUCUUAUGCAUAACAUGAUCUAAUGUGGUACACAUUUUAAAUGAUGA